GCUGGCGGAUGUAUUUCGCAUCUUCCGAUUGAUUUGUGUUGUUGAUGUUACGAAAGUAGUGAAGGGAUUUUGGUCAAAACAAAAUAUUUACUCUCUUCGCUGCCCGCCCGCAUAAAGCUGACGAGUUCGCACUACCGAUCAUGGUGCUCCCACAGAUCUUAACAUUUGCGACGUCGUUAAGCAUCGUAGCGCUUGCCGCAAUUGGUUUGAUCUACUAUUUCGAGAAUCAUACGGAACAACGUCGAGCGCACACCAGUAGACCAGGCAAUAAUGGUGCGGGACAACGUUCGGAUUUUACGGGCAGAUAUAAUCCUCAGGAUGAAGACAUCUACUGCACCAUUUGUCUGGAGGAAAUAAGGCCCACCAGCCGAUGGACGCUCCCUUGCCGACACUCGUUUCAUCUGGAUUGUCUCGACAAGUGGAUGGUCAAUAAGCAGGAAUGUCCCAACUGUCGAAAGCAAAUCUAACCUAAACCGGCCGUCGAUUUUUCUCAUCCCUCCUGGAUGGAGGUCCUAGGGUAGCGUGCUAUACACACUAUUGCUGAUUAGGCUAAUUGGUAGAAUAAUAGUUGUACAUGUUUUUAGAAGAAUGUUUGAGUCGAAUAUCAGAAUAAUGCCUUAUGAAUGGAGACGGAAGGACAAUCCAUUUCUUUCCUUUUUUCGUUUACGGCAGCGCCCGUUUGAUAUGUUUAGCUUUAGAUGGAGACUGUUCUUAACGAGAUAGCAAUACUACCAAUCAAUUCCCAUACAAUACCAAUCCUUUGCUAAUUCGAUUCAAAGCAAUCUAUCGGAAUUAACCAUACUUGCUACUGACGUUCCGGAACAGAAUUCGUUUGGGCGAAAGCCAUACAAACAUAAAAGUGAUACAGCAUGGUUACAUUUCCGAACAAAAGAGCAAUUCUCUUGAUCUUGAAUGUAAUAGCGAGAGUUAUACUUGUUUUUCGAAAGCUUCUGUAAGUAAUACGUCAAUAAAAAAUAUUAGACCAGGAAGAGGAAAACAGAA